GAAGUGUUUGGUUACUUCCACCGUGUUUUUACUAACAACCGCACGCGACUCUAAACGGCUAAAACUUCUGUUCAAGUCCUAAUAUUUCUGCUCCGUUUUUAUUCAGUUUUUCUUUUGCCGGUUCAAAUCCUACUUUGAAAGAAUAUUAUCUAUUUUCCAAGCUGGCGACCAAAGCACCACUUGACUGUCUAUAAUGUCCCAGGCCACCAAACGCAAACAUGUUGUCAAGGAAGUUCUUGGAGAUUUUGUCACACCGACAGAAAACCAGCAGAUUGUAAAGGUUGUUGGAAGUCGAGGCAACAAUCUGCACGAAGCAGUCACGGCUCAGGGGGAGACUUUCCUGGUGAGCAUGCCCACCAAGUUCCGGAAAAACAUCUGGAUCAAGAGAGGCGAUUUCGUGAUUGUGGAUCCCAUCGAGGAGGGAGAGAAGGUGAAGGCGGAGAUCAGCUUCAUCCUCUACAAAGAUCACAUUCAGAACCUUCAGAAACAGCAGCUUUGGCCUGAGGGCUUCACGGAGAAGCUGCCACACAAUAACGAAAACACGCGUCAGGAGGACGCGGAGACAAAACAUGAGGAAGAGGAAGGAUGCAGCUCCGAGGAGGACGACAGCGACCUUUUUGUAAACACAAACCGAUGUAACUACCAGUACAGCGAGAGCGAGGAGGACGACACUGAUGAAGAGGACAAACCAGUGACUGAAAAUGGUUCUUAGCUGCAGCGAUGAAGGUCGAUGGAGAACUGAUAAUUACCACAGACUGACUGAAUCUAGGAAGAUUUCAAAUGUUGGCUUCUGUGCAGCAGCUCCCCCUGCUGGUCAGAUUGUUGGCGAGUUGAUCUCAUUCAGUGAACUUUAUGAAACCUUAUGUAUGGUUUCCACAUGAAGCGGUCUCUAUGUGAUCAUAGAAACUCAGCAAGAAUCCAGAUGAGAUAAUUUCAGCUGUUUUCCUCACAUUCCUGCUUUUCUUCUUCAGCAAAUCUCCUAUGGAGCCAUGUUUCUAUGACAAACAGGAAAUCUUUGCUGACGGUUCUCGUAUUUUCUCUAAUGGAAUCAAAUAAAUGCUAUUUGUUAAAAAAUUA